UCCCUUUUUCGGUAGCCAUAAUUAAUAUGACGGCAUUUCCAUCAAUGAAACUAGGCUUAAUAUAUUUUGUCUCAACCAAGCAAUGAUUUGAAUGUUUCUCUACAAUUCCACCAAACGCAUCACCUCUCAUUAGUGAUUAUGAGCUCAAUCGCAAUCUGUUUCCUUCUAUUUGCAUGUCGUUGCUCAUGAUUUCUGUCAGUUUUUCUUACCAUUGGUUUGUUUUUUGUAUGAAUUGUAAUUAAAGUUACUUUCUUUUUCACAAAUUGGAAUUGUAUGUGCUCUUCCUCAGACCCUUUUGAAUUUUCGCUUACUUUUUUAUGAGCCCAUUUGAAAUUUACUGCAAAAGGUUGCAACUUUAUCUUGGUUAUACGAUUAUUUGGUGUGUGGGGAAUGGAAGAGGCAGGGCAGAUAAAGAGGACCUUGAUUGAUGCCACCGCCGGUGCAAUUUCUGGUGCUGUUUCAAGAACUGUGACAUCACCUCUUGACGUCAUCAAGAUUAGGUUUCAGGAUAAUGUUACCAUAUACAGGUUCAGCUGGAACCAACUACACAGUGGGUUUUGGCUCGCAGAGAUGUUUAUGGUCCGUCAAAGUAUACCGGUAUGCUGCAAGCAACAAAAGACAUCUUUCGGGAAGAAGGAUUUUUGGGGUUCUGGAGGGGCAACGUUCCAGCACUUCUUAUGGUUAUGCCGUAUACUGCAAUACAGUUCGCAGUUAUGCAAAAGUUAAAGGCAAUAGUUUCUGGCUCUUCCAACACAGGUUUGAAAACCAUCUGAGGAUAAGUCCGUACAUUAGUGGAUCAGUGUCUGGAUGUGCUGCCACUAUCGGUUCGUACCCGUUUGAUCUUCUUAGGACAAUCUUGGCAUCACAGGGGGAGCCGAAGGUAUAUCCAAACAUGAGGGCUGCACUUUUCAAUAUACUCGAAACUCGUGGGCUUCGCGGUCUGUACGCUGGAUUGGCACCCACACUUGUUGAAAUCGUCCCUUAUGCCGGCUUGCAGUUUGGAACCUACGACACAUUCAGGCACUGGACUAUGGCUUGGAAUCAGAACCGAUCACGAUACCCGGGACUAGACAAUGGUGUUCUCACGGAUGUCGAGGUUUCCCUCUGUGGUUUAGCUGCAGGAAUAUGCGCUAAAGCCGUCUGCCAUCCCCUUGAUGUGGUGAAGAAGAGAUUUCAGGUCCAGGGCCUGCAGAGGGAUCGGAGAUACGGAGCUCGAGUUGGGCCCCGUGCAUACCAGAACAUCCACGAUGCCAUCGUCCAGAUCCUACGCUCAGAGGGAUCAGCCGGGCUGUACAAGGGCAUUGUCCCGUCAGUCGUCAAAGCUGCACCGGCUACUGCUGUCACGUUUGUGGCCUUUGAGUACGCAUCAAAAUGGUUGAGGAGUUGAAGUCCACACUUAUAUUAAUUCUUCGUCUCAACGACUCUUAUUACAUUGAAUUGUGUAUACCCAUCUAUAUCGGGAAUAUCUACUCUUAGGCAUAGUAGCGAGAAAGAAAAGUUUAGGCUCCAAGGAAACAUUCUGUAAUUCAAUUACAUCCUUUUUGCCUUUAUUAAUUGUUUCAAAGAAUAGUUGAUACAA